AUGUCUAAUGAGUACUCUUUAUUUGAUGAUUUGGAACAGGAUAAUAACCCAUCUUUGUAUGGUAACGCAUCUAUACUAACCAAUCCUUACAACAGUGGGACAUCAGGCAACAACAAUCAUACCAACUACAAAAGCAACAACGCUGAACAAAAAAACGCACUGUCAGUUGCCAAUGGAAAAAAGGUUGAGUCUGAGGGUGUAGUUAAUACUACUAGUUCUGCUAAGCGUACACUGAAGAAGGAGAAACAGCAACAUAAUCUGGUUGCCACUUCGUCAUCCUCACCACAGCUGACACCAAAACAACCACACAAACAUCUGCCACAGCAACCACUGCGUCAACAACUAUCACCUAUAUCUAAUGCUCUUAGUGAUAAUGACGAAUACCCCACCGAAUUAGUCAAUAGCACUUUGGGCUUAUCAAAUCAAAUAACUCAAUUACUUGAAGCAUCGGACUUGACCAUAGAUGUCAUAAACUCAGAACGAUUAAUCAAUUCAUCAAUAAUUGUCUACACUAUCCAACUACAAUCAUCCAUACUACAAAGUAAAAUUGUUGUCAAACGAAGAUAUAGUGAAUUCAAAUCAUUACGAGAUAAUUUGUUGAAACUUUUCCCCACAUUGAUCAUACCUCCGAUCCCAGAAAAGCAUUCUAUACUCAGCUACUUAUUAAACUCCAUCAAUCUAAAUAAUGAAUCAAAUAUAAUUGAAAUGAGAAGACGAUAUUUCAAAUUAUUUCUUGAUGAUUUAGUGUUUGAUGCUAACCCCAAAUUAAAAAAUUGUCCACUUUUACAUAAAUUUCUUGAUCCAAAUUAUGAAUUAUGUUGGUAUAAUGCAUUAAACGAACCACCAGUUAGUUAUUUACCAAAUAAUUUAUUAUUGGCUAAUCCUGUAAAUCCUGCUGAUCAAAAUGGCUUGUAUUCAAUUUUGCCAAUUGUCAAUGGGUUUGAUAUAAGUUCAAAUACUGAUAAUUUAUCCAAUUUAAAAAAAAUCAAUGAUGAUUUGGAUAAGUUAAAUGAUCUGAUUAAAUUAUUUGAAUUGAAUGGAACCAAAGGUGAUUUUGAAGAUGAUUUAAAAUUUACCAUCCCGGAGGAGUUAAUCACAUUUGAAGGGAAAUUCCAUAAAAUCAUCACCAGUUUAUCAUUUUUAAAUAAAUUGGAUAUCAAAACAACUAAAGAUUACAAGAGUCUAAUCAAUGUAUUGAUUGAUUUGGGUGGUAAUUUAAAUAAUUUUUCAUUACAAAUUUAUCAUCAAAAACCCCAUCAUUUAAGACAACAAAACCCAUCUGAAUCUAGUUUUACUACAGACAUCCCAAAUAACUCCCUCUCUGAAGCAAUCGAAAAAUUUGGAUCAACAAUGGAUCAAUGUUUUUUAAAUUUUGAAAAUUUUGUCUUGAAUCAAUUAAUACCUCAAUGGCAAGAACCUAUACAUCAAUUGAUUCAAUACAAUCAAACUGCCCUAAACUUGAUAAAGUUUUAUAAAUACAAGAUUAUCCAAUUUAAGAUUUUGUACAAGUUAAAGUUUAAUAAAUUCCAACAAUUGAUUAAUAUCAAUAGUCUAAGUGGAGGAAGAACAGGAGGCGCUAAUGCCAUUGGGAAACCAAGUUUUACCAAAGCUCACCUGCAGGAAGAAGAAGAUGCAGUUGUGAUUAACUCACUUGACCAUUUAAAGGAGUUAAACAGUCCUACAUUAAACAAUGCAUUGAAAAAUAUAUCAAUGAAGAAAGUACAAAAGAAAUCUUCAUGGUAUGGAUUAUUUGGUGGUAAUAAUCAAACGAAAAAGUUUAAUUUUCAAUUACCAGUGGAGGAAGCAAAUGGAACAACCAAAGCAACAACAACAACAACAACAACAACAGUCGCCCCAGCAGCACCUGCAUCCACUAUUCCCACCAGUUCAUCAACGGUACAAACAAUGAUACCGUCACAUACAUCAUCGAUAAAAUUCAAAAUCCAACAUCUUGAAAAAGAAUUGGAUAAAAUUAAUCAGCUAAUUGAAUUAUGUAAUAAAGAUAUGCAAAAUUUGACACAAGCUUUAAUGACAACAUUUAUUGAAUUUAUUAAGAAAUUAGAACAUAAAUGGUUAGUCAUUAUGAUAAAUUAUAUACGUAAUGGUAAAACGUUAUUUGAAGAGAAUUUAACAACUUGGGAAAAUUUUAAAACUUCACUUGAAAAUGAAGAAGGUGAUGAGAGUGAUGGAGUUGUGGGUAGAAUAUUAGGUGAAAACGUUCUUGGUGGUGGCGGUGUUAAUGAUGAUGAUGAUGAUGAUGAUGAUGAGUAUAUUAUAUAG